AUGUCUCGAUAUGCAGAACUUCAUCUGAGUCCUAAUGGCCCAGGCGACGCUCGUCCAACAGCCCUUCAGAUCAUCAAGGACGAAGCAGUCGAGGGCAAGCUAGCCGGGAAAGUUAUCGUCAUCACAGGUACUUCGUCUGGAAUAGGGAUCGAAACAGCUCGCGCUCUGUCUUUGACUGGAGCAAGGCUGUUGUUGACGGCACGGAACCUGGACAAAGCGAAGACUGCUCUGGACGGCAUCCUUGAACCAGGGCGCAUCGAGCUUGUUGAGAUGGACAAUACAUCCUUGAGCAGUGUGCGUGUCGCUGCGAACACCAUUCUCCAGAAGUCGAACGGCCAAGUCAACAUCCUAAUCAAUAACGCCGGCAUCAUGGCUCUGCCCAAGCUGGAGUACACGAAAGACGGCUUUGAAAUGCAGUUUGGAGUCAACCACCUUGCCCAUUUCCUACUCUUUGAGCUCUUGAAGCCAGCUCUUCUCGCCAGCGCCAGCCCUUUAUUCUCAUCUCGAGUUGUUAAUGUCUCCUCUUCAGCCCAUCACGUAUCCUCGAUCAAUGAAUCAGGCGACUACAAUUUCGAGAAGACUGAAUAUAAUGACUGGGUUUCAUAUGGGCAAUCAAAGACAGCCAAUAUCUAUAUGGCUAACGAGAUCGAGCGGCGCUACGGAUCGCGAGGACUCCACGCUACCAGUCUUCACCCUGGCGCGAUCGCAACGGGGCUUAUGCAGCAUGUGGACCCAGCAGUGAUUGAAGCAAUGAAAAAGGACGAAAAGUUGUACAAAACAAUGAAAUCGCCAGAGCAGGGUGCUGCAACCACGGUGUGGGCAGCGAUUGGCCGAGAAUGGGAGAAUAAGGGUGGAGAAUAUCUUGCUGAUUGCGGAAAAACAACUCGUGGAAACGACAACCACGAGAUCACCGGUGAAGGGUUUGCAGGACAUGCUUAUGAUCCCGUGAAAGAAGCCCGGCUCUGGAAAGAUUCAUCAAAGAUGGUGGGGCUGACGGACGAUCAGUAG